AUUAUGUUAGUGAACAAGAUUGGCUUGUCUAAUUGAAGAGCAUCAUCUUUGUUCUUCUCACAAACAUUGUUUUCUUCUUGAAGAUUUGAAGAAAACUUUUGUGAAAACGAAACAAGGAAAUGGGGAAACAUCGUUUCAGAAAUAAAAUCAAGUCAAUCCUUGGAAGUGAUAUUGAUCCUGACAAAGAUGAGGAACUUAAAGGGAGCAAUAUAGAAAUGGAAGAUAAUUAUCAGAAGAUUUUAGAGCUUCUUAAAGAGGAAGAUAAGGAUGAUAAGAACAAACUUGUUGGGUUGAUUGAAGAUUUCCACAAACAUCAUCAAUCCAUCUAUGAACGUUAUGAUCAUAUCACAGGAGAACUGAGGGCAAAAGUUCAUUCAAAGAAAGAAAAAGACUCUUCUUCCUCUUCCAGCUCAGAUUCUGAUUCUGAUGAUUCUUCAAGUAAGAAGGGCAGUAAAAAUGGAAAGAUGAAAGUAGCUGAUAUCCUCAAGGAAGAACUUCAAGCAUCACAUACAGAUAUUGACGAGUUGACAAGAAAAUUGGCUGUUGCAACAGAAGAAAAGGAAGCACUGGGUUCAGAAUAUCAGGCUGCUUUAAACAAAGAACAAGAAACGGAGAAGAAGUUCGUAGAGUUGAAACUCGAAGCUGAAAGAUUGCAUGAAGAAAAUUCUAAGCUUUUGGCUGACAACAGUGACCUCAAUCUGAAAUCCGAAAAUGCCAGAAUUCUAGAAGCUGAAUUCAUUCAGAAACUAGAAGAUAUGAGCAGAGAGAAAAGUAGCUUAUUGUCGGAGAAGGAGACAGCUGCAGGAACUCUUGAAGAACUAAGAGCCGUUAUUGAUCGGUUGGAAGGAGAAAAUGAGGAUUUCAAGUCGGAACUGGGAGUUGUAAAAGCUGAACUUCCUAAAAUGAAGGAGAAACUGGAAACAACAGAAGAGGAGCUAUCAAGCAUAAGUCAAACACUAGAAGCAACUGAAGCCGAUAAGAAGUCUUUGGCAGAUGAGAUUAAAAUGAAGCAUGUCGAAAUCCAAGAACUUGCUGCUGAAUGUAGCCAACUAAGAGAAAAAUUGGCCGACAAAGAGAAAGAGCUUCUUAGUCACGCAGAGAUGCAUAACUCUCACAAGAGCGAGACAGAAAUCAAAAUGAGGGGUUAUGAAGUAGACUUUGAGUCUUUGCAUUCCCAGAAAAGAGAGAUUGAGAAGCAGAAAGAAGAGGAACUGUCGACUCUCGCAAAGAAAUCCGAGGAUAAAGAGAGAGAAUUGCUAUCUCAAAUUGAGAAUUUGACAGAAAAUGUCAGCAACUUGCAGAAGGAAUUGGAAUCCUUUGGCAUUCAGAAAAGUCAACUGGAUGAACAUGUCCAAGCUUUAUUGGUUAAAGUAAAUGAAAAGCAAGAAGAAAUAGCGAUUCUAUGCAGGCAAAAACUUGAAUCAGAAAGGCAACUGGAGAAAAGUAGUCAAGAAAUUUCAGGUUACUUGAUCCAGAUAGACUCUCUCAAACAGGAGUUGGCAGACAAGAUGGCAGAUGAAAGGAAGUUUCUAGAAGAGAAAGAAGUACAUGUUGCCAGGGAGAAAGAUUUAGAGGAAGAGGUUAAGUGGUUGCACAGCCUAAAGGCUGAAUCAGAAACAGAAGUUAGCAAGAAGACUCAGGAAAUUGCAGAAUAUAUUAAUCAGAUAGAGAAUUUCAAAGAGGAGGCUGCAAAAAUGACUAUGGAUCAAUCCAAGACAGUGGAAGAGAAGGAAGGGUAUGAGUCAAGGGUCAAAGAUCUUGAAUUGGAGCUUGAAUCCUUGAACAACUUGAAAGCUGAAUCAGAAUCGCAACUCGAGAAAAAGGUUAAAGAUCUAGAACUGAAACUUGAAUCCUUGAACCAUAUGAAAGAAGAAUUGGAAAGUCAACUUGAGAAAAAGGGUACUGAAAUUUCAGAACUCUUACUUCUGAGUCAAAGUCUGAAAGACGAAAUUGAGAGCAAGUCAAAAGAUCAAGCAAAGACCUUGGAAGAAAAGGAAAGCCAUGAGUCAAAGGUCAGGGAUCUAGAGUUAGAGCUUGGAUCCUUGAACAGCCUGAAAAACGAAUCAGAAAUGGAACUCCAGAAAAAGUGUCUUGAGAUAUCAGAACUAGUAAUCCUGAGUCAAAAUCUGAAAGAGGAACUUGAAAGCAAGUCCAAGGAUCAAGCGAAGACCCUGGAAGAGAAGGGAGGCUACGAGUCAAAGGUCAACGAUCUAGAAUCAAAGCUUGAAGUCUUGAGCAACCUGAAAAAUGAAUUAGAAAUGCAACUCGAGAAAAAGGGUACUGAAACUUCAGAACUCUUAAUCCUUAGUCAAAAUCUGAAAGAAGAAAUUGAGGUCAAGUCAAAAGAUCAAGCAAAGACCUUGGAAGAGAAGGAAAGCUUUGAGUCAAAGGUCAAAGAUCUGGAAUUGAAGAUUGAAUCCUUGGAGAAGCUGAAAAAUGAAUCAGAAAUGCAACUAGAGAAAAAUGGCACUGAAAUUUCAGAACUCUUAACCCAGAGUCAAAGCCUGAAAGAAGAACUUGAAAGCAAGUCAAAAGAUCUAGAGAAAACAAUGGAAGAGAAGGAUAGCUUCGAGUCAAAGGUCAAAGAUCUAGAAUUGAAGCUUGAAUCCUUGGAAAAGCUGAAACAUGAAUCAGAAUUGCACCUUGAGAAAAAGGGUCUUGAACAUUCAGCACUUACAGUCCUGAGUCGAAGUCUGAAGGAAGAACUUGAAAGCAAAUCGAAAGAUCACGCAAAGACCGCUGAAGAGAAGGAAGGCUAUGCAACAAUGGUCAAAGAUCUGGAAUUGAAGCUUGAAUCCUUUAAGAACCUAAAAAAUGAAUCAGAAAUGCAGCUCGAGAAAAAAGUUACCGAGAUUUCAGAACUCUUAAUCCUGAGUGAAAGUCUGAAAGAAGAACUUGAAAGCAAGUCAAAAGAUCUAGAGAAGACAAUGGAAGAGAAGGAAGGAUAUGAAUCAAAGGUCAAAGAUCUGGAAUCAAAGCUUGAAUCCUUGGAGAAUCUGAAAACCGAAUCAGAAAUGCACAUCACGAAAAAGGGUCUUGAACUUUCAGAAUUUAUAAUCGUGACUCAAAGUCUGAAGGAAGAACUCGAAAGCAAAUCAAGAGAUCAAGCAAAGACUCUGGAAGAGAAGGAACUCUAUGCAACAAAGGCGAAUGAACUCGAAAAGGAAUUGGCUUCUUUGGUCAGUUUGAAAGAAGAGUUGGCGAAUCAAUUCGAAAGUGAAAAACUAGAUAAUCUUCAGUUACAAAAACAACUGGAAGAUAAGAUUCAAGAACUCGAAACAGUUUUUGUCGAGAAAGACGAAAAACUUUCAAAACAUGAGAAUGAAGCUUCAACUCAAAUUGCAUCUUUGACAGAACAGAUCAACACUUUGCAAAAGGAGAUAGAUUCUCUAAGUGCCCAGAAAAGUGAAACAGAGUCAAAACUGGGGAAAACACUGGACGAAAAGAACGAUUUGGAGCUCCAGAUCGAAAGAAGCAAACAGGAGUAUUCAGAAAAGUUGGCUGAAUUGGAGAACCAGAAACUUGAGCUAGAAAACAAGAUCGCAAGCCAAGAGAUCGCCAUAAAGUCACUAGAAGAUGCUUCUAGCAAACAGAACGAAGAGCAAAAAAGACUGGAAGCUUGCCUCCAAGACGCAGAACGGAAAAUAAAAGAAAUGGAAGAAGAGAUUGAAACAGUCACCCAGUCGAAAAACGAAACUGUUGAACAACUGGAGGAAGCCAUUGAAGACCUCAAAGGAGAGCUAGAAAUCAAAGGAGACGAAGUGACAACUUUAACAGAAAACGUGCGAAACCUGGAAGUCAAAAUCCGGCUUGCAAACCAAAAGCUUCGCGUAACAGAACAAACGUUAAACGAGAAAGAAGGUGAUCACGCGGGCAAAGAAGAGAAACUGCAUCAAGAAAACAAAUCACUCAUAGAGAGAAUCUCCACAUUAUCCGAAACCAUUUCUAGUUACAAAGAAGCCGAAGAGAGUGUCAAAAGGGAGAUCUCAGAGAAAGCUAACGCGAUAUCCGGUGGCAUGGAUUCACUCACCGUAAAAUUCGAGGAAGAUCAUGGUCAUAUAUCGACACAGAUAUACGAAAUCUUGAACGAAAUCCAAGUUACCAAGAUUUCAAUUAAGACCAUGAGGUCCGAAAAAGAUGAUCUGAAAGAAAAGGUGGCAAAAAUCGCGAUACAACUGAAAGCGGUCGAAAACGAGAAGGCGAAACUGCAGAAAUCCGUGGAUGAACUGGAACAGAAAACGAAGGGAAAAGACAACAAGAUCAAAGAGCUAGAAAAGCUGGUUCAUGUGAGAGAUGAAGGCUUAAUGGAUCUUGGAGAAGAGAAAAGAGAAGCCAUAAGACAACUGUGUAUGCUGGUUGAUUACCAACGUGACCGUUAUGAUGAACUCCUAUCCAAGAAAACCAGCGUUGGAAGAAGGCAAACCACAAGGUAAAUAGUUAUGAUUUUUAUUUCUAUUUCUAUUUUUAUUUUCAUUUUGUAUUUUAUUUAAAAUUAAUUUGGGUCACAUGUCCUUUUGUGGAGUAUUAUUUGGUUUCUAUCUGUUUUGGUAGAUUAUAUUGUGUACAUGAAAUUACUUGUCAUUUCCUUGUGUCUGUAUCUUUAUAUUGUUUAUUCAUUCAGACAUUAUUUUGGACAUUAUAUAUAUGCUUAUGAUGGUUGCAUUUGUUCUUUUUUA